GAGAGAGAGAGAGAGAGAGAGCGAGAGAGAGAGAGAGAUAAAGGAAGAGAGCAUGAGCGAGAGUGAAAGAGAAGGAGGAGUGACAGAAAGGGAAAGAAAAGAGGGAAGAAGGAGACCAAUUACUCAUUAAGUCCUAAGCUAAGUUCUUCUCAGCAACUCGUUCUGCUACACAGACUCUCUCUCUCCCUCUCUCUCCCUCUCACACACACACAUACACACACCACACUCACAUACACACACACGUCUACUCAAAAACACAAAGCAGAAGUGGACAAAGACACACGGUUUCAGUCGUCGCGGUUGGCUAUGGCUCAGGGCUCUGACAGCAAUGACACAAGUUACAAGUCCCCGUCACCUGGAAGCAGGCCGAGCUCCUCAGAUGAUGCGAAGAAGGUGAUGCGGAGGGAGAAGAACAGGAUUGCUGCUCAGAAGAGCAGGAUGAGGCAAACUCAGAAAGCUGACAGCCUACACUUGGAGAGUGAGAACCUGGAGAAGGAGAACGCUGCCUUGAGGAAGGAGGUGAAACAGCUGACAGAGGAGGCCAAGUACCUGUCGUCCGUGCUGAGCAGCCACGAACCACUGUGCACCGGCCUGGCUCCUCAGACCCCCGACCUCCUCUACCCUCCUCAUCACAGCAGCUACCACCAGCACAUCACUGUACCACACUACCAGCACUGACCUGACUGACUAAGGAUACGGCCGACGAUGUGCUGCGAAACAGAUGACUGACCUCAAUGGAGAGAGACUGACUGGAGAUGUAUCUAUAAAUGUUGACCACUGUUCAAAACUGAUCGAGGAGUUACAUGACAGGCUGAUAUGUCUGCCACACAAUGACAGUAUGGAACCCAAACUGUAACAUGCAGUAUUCAAAACUAUUUAUUUUGCUUCUACUCAUCUAUUUGCUUUUAUCUGAUGAUAUCAGUGAUCUGUAUGUGAACUUAAAUGGCUCUAUGGCUAGAAUUAUCAACCAGUCUAUGUUUACAUUGGGUGAAAUAACCAACUUACUGUAUGUUCAGGUGACUCAGUCGAUAUAUUUUUUUGUAAAUUGCUUCUUUUCAGUGUCAUAGAGAGGACCUUCGUCAUCCUGUCAUGUUUGGAGAUUGUUCAUGCGUUUCAGUGUGUAAGUGUAGAUCGAUAAUGCUCAGGACUUUUUUUUUUUUGACAGAUUUGAUUGUGGACAAACAGAAUGUAACAUCAAGAUCCUACAUAGGUUUAGAUGUACCAAAAAAAGAAAAAUGAAUUUACAAAAAAAAAGAAAGAAGAAAAAGCAAGAAAGAAAGAAAAAAGAAAUGACUGGUUGUGAAGAAA